AUGAGCGAACCCCAUCACCCUCUUGUGAAAGCGGAAGAGAUAGAUACAGCUAUGAAGGGAGAGAAACAUUACUUGAAUAGAGAUGCGGAAAGAAUUGGUAUUUGCAUGUCUGACUUGGUUGGAAUGCAGAAUUCAGGGUUGGGAGUACAUAAAGUCAGAUUACCACCCAAUGGAGAAUCUACCCAAAUACACUAUCAUCUACAUGAUUCAGAAUGGCUUUAUAUUUUAUCUGGUUCAGGUAAACUACAAUUAAUUGAUUCUAAUCUAUUACCAACGAAUGAAAAGCAUAAUCACCCAAGAAAUGGUUCAUCUGAUAUACCCGAUCAUUUCACACCCAAUACGAAAACGAUGAUUCCUGGUGAGAUUGAAAUUGAAGAAAGAGAUGUUAGUCAAGGUGAUUUCAUUGGAUUUCAAGGUGGUGUCAUUGCAAGUAAAUACGCCCAUGGAUUGAAAGCUUCGAAUCAAGGUAUUGAAUAUUUGAUGGGCGGUACAAGGGAAAAAUUGGAUAUUUGUAUAUAUCCAGAACUCGGAGUAAGUAAUAUAGCAGAUGCGAAGAGCGGUCAAGAAGUCAUAGUCCGGUUCAAUAAAGUAGAUACGAGCAAUGCGGGGAAGAGUGAUUGA